UCUGUAUGAAUCUUGUAGGUUCCAAAAACACAUUUUGGUAUUUGUAGCAGCUACAUUAUAGCAGCAGUAGCAGCUACAUCAUCUAUGCAUGCUUGGACAUGAGUUAAAAACAGAGUGACUUGUCAGAGAUACAAUGGUGGUGGUAAAGAACACAGUGUGCUGUAUGUGUUUCUUUUAAGUGAUUACAGUUUUGUUUCCACUGGCCUCUUUCACCCUCAAGCUGGGAAAAGGCAUUUUAUGGAAUUAUCUGUUUGUCAGUAACCUCACAGUUUCCAGUGGCUCUCUCAUUAUCGCCGUCAAGUGUUUACAGUGUCUUCAUUAGCAGCCAGCCCUCUACUGAUAACAAAGCUUAAAAGAAGGCAUCAAUGGUAGCGAUAAGCAUGGCCAAGCUACUAUUUUGGUUAACACACGUCUCCGUGUUUACUCUGGGAGCAUGGGAGCGGACAUCAGGACAGUGGUCCUUGUAUUGGGGAUCUCCAUUUUCAAACCUUGCCAUCGCAAAGUCUGUUUUCAAGCCGGGAAGAAGGUAAAGUUUGUGCCAGCUUGUUUGCCCACGGAGAAUCUCAUUUCAAAAUGCAGAACUCAAGAACAUUCCUGUUCCAGGUGUGUUUGAGUCUGGUGGUUUCUACUGGCUCCUGCACCUGUAAGCCUCUCAAUAAUGACAUCCAAAGUGGGGACCCUGAGGGAUUUUACUCUCAGCUGUCAGAGGAGGACCUUCUGGAGGAGGAAGACGCAGAGUUGAACAUGGAGAACCUCCUGGGAACCAUGAAGGAGGGCUUUCUGAGAAAACUCAACCUGUCAGACGUUCCUCAGGAGCACAGCAAGAUCUACCCUCCUCAGUUCAUGAUGGAGCUCUACAACAAGUAUGCGUCCAACAGCACGGCAAUCCCUCAGUCUGAUGUCAUACGAAGCUUCACUGUCCAAGAUAUAACUCACUCAGUGACAAAUGGCACAAAGUCAAAGCACAGGCUGCUGUUCAACGUCAGCAUCCCAAACCAUGAAAAGAUCACUACUGCUGAACUACAGCUCUUCUUCCUCCCGGAUACAGGGUCAAGGGUCACCUCCCACAGUUUCAAGACCACCGUCAAAGUCUAUGAAGUGGAUUACAACAAUUUCAAAUCCACAACCCAGCUACUUGUUGGCAGAGAGGUGACAGGUUCACAGAGCACAUGGGUGACAUUGGAUGUGACUACAGCUAUUCAGAGUUGGAUCAUGUCAGGCCAUGGAACGACUGGAUUUGAUGUAGUGGUGGAUAGGAAGGACUGUGGGGUUUCUGGAAAAGAAGCAGUUGGCUGUUUAAAUAUGAGUAUGUCUGUUCGAGAUAACACUUCAGCGGCUUUGAUAGUCUUCUCAGAUGACCUGGGUAGCAGGAGGAGGGAGACAAAGAAGGAACUUCAAGAGAUGAUCCUCCAUGAAGAGGAAACCAUUUUACAUUCUGGUGCAGACUGGAACAGAGGGUAUCAACUUCCAAAUGAGAUCCUAGAGGCUCAGCAUCCAAGGCGGAGGAGAAGAAAGGCAGAGAGGGAGUACUGCCAACGGACCUCUCUCAAAGUCAACUUUAAAGACAUCGGCUGGGACCGCUGGAUCGUGGCGCCUCCAGAAUAUGAUGCAUUUGAAUGUCGAGGAUUGUGUUACCACCCACUGACGGAUGAAUCAACCCCGUCCAAACAUGCCCUCAUCCAGACACUGAUGAACAUCAGGAACCCCAAGAAGGCCAACAUGGCAUGUUGUGUCCCCAUCAAACUGGACCCCAUCACUGUCAUGUAUCAGGAGAAUGGGCGCCUCACUAUAAGAUACCUGUAUGAAGAGAUGAAGGUGGCAGAGUGUGGAUGCAGGUAGUCAGAAAUAAUUGAUGUACUCACCGUUGCA